ACACGGGAGCAUUCGGUCAUGUCACUGCCGCCAACCUCCAAAGAUUUGCCUCGGCGACCUCCACACCUCCACAACCCAAACACCCCUACCAUGGCAAUGAUUAGAUUCAUAGGCCUCCUUGAUAUAAUAUUGACAUGAAAGGACCACAGAGGAGCAUGAGAGCUGCUCGAAAGGAUGCAAUGAAAGAUGCGGAGAGGAAUCCAAAGAUAUCACUACGAAAUGUCUCUUUUCUCGUGUUUCUUUGCCUUCCACAUGUUUGCUUCCGUCCCGUAAAGGCAAACCCGACGACCAGAUCAUCUCCCACACCAUUGCGACCUUUCUCUCCGUCAUUGCUUGAGUCACUUCCCUUGGACCGACAGCCACAACUCACGAAAUCUCCGAUACUGCAUAUUCGAGGCGGCGCCAAACAGACGGCGAACCAACCAAAAGUGGAGACCAAGAUACCCCCACUGUUGGGUUUCAGCAGUCCCUCCCCACCAGGGUGGAUCCUGAUUGCUUUAUCUACCUGCUUAUCCUAUCAAUACAGGGAGACAAUCCCUCCACACCACCAUGUGUUCUCGUUGUGCUAUCCUCUUUAUUUGGGACUCAUCAACUGCAUUCGCUUUCAACGCAAUCUCCCUGCCAUCUUGUCCAAAGAUAACCGUGUCAUUGUAGAGGCACCACUUCUGCGACAAGACCAAGGACCCUGGUUUGUCCGUUACAUGCUCUUCUUUGCCACCAUUGGCAUGCUGGCGCCAGUCAUCUUUUGUUUCGCGGCACCUUCCAAUCUCGCCCGUCCCGCGGCACCGCAUACCCUGUUAAUUCUCGCACAAGUCGUUGUCGAAGACGUGUCUGGUCCGCUCCAUACCAUUCCCAAAUUUCUCGUUCCAGUCGGCUUUAAUGCCUUUCGCAUGCCCGUAUUGUGGCAAUGGGUGCAACAUUCCUGGAUACUCGCGCAACCACAAUUAUCGCAAACGUCGUCACAAGUCUGGGCCAGGGUGGGAUUGGCAUUGGGUGUCAUCAAUUUAGUGGCGUGGGGGUACAAUUUGAGCAUCUUUUUGCUAUUACGAGUGUUGCCGCAAUAUUGGGAUACCGAAACAUUUCCCAUUGUGGAAGCUCAAUGGAGAGGUCAAAUUUGGCCUCGGCCGCGUCCAUGAAGCUGCCCACCAAAACUAGAUAGCUAGCUAGUAGACUACCGAUACUACUUUAUAACUAACGUACCGCUGAGCAAACUAAGAAUGCACUUUCAAACGACAGCGUGAAAGGCGCAGCAAACUACUAUACCUAGCUAGUGCACUGCUCGAGUCA